CUAGCGGAACCAAAUACUUCAACGCUUAUUAGAUACCUCGGAAAGGACGCGUUGUUUGGAGAUUGACUGCGAAUGUAUGAAACGCAGCCGUUAGCUGUCUAUGGCAGUUCCAUACACUGAGAUUGUCAUGGAAGAACAAAGCAAGGAAACUCGUAGGGAGAGAAGCGCCAGCUAUGGGUACAACAUAAAUGGUAACACAGCAUCAAACCCAGGGAUUUGUGCCUAUUUACUGACGGGAAUUUCUGUAUUGUUAAUUCUGUGCACCUUUCCACUCUCCUUGGCGUUCUGUAUUAAGGUUGUCCAAGAAUACGAAAGAACUGUUAUUUUUCGUCUGGGCAGAUUACGACGUGGCGGAGCUAGGGGUCCUGGACUUUUCUUCAUUAUUCCCUGUAUCGACACUUAUCGUAAAGUGGAUCUCAGAACAGUGUCCUUCGAUGUUCCACCACAAGAGAUCUUGUCAAAGGAUUCUGUAACAGUAGCGGUUGAUGCGGUAGUUUACUAUCGGAUUAGCAAUGCUACUAUUGCCAUUACUAAUAUUGAAGACUACGGUCGUUCAACACGCCUCCUAGCGGCAACCACUCUCAGGAAUGUUCUGGGAACGAAAAAUUUGUCUGAAAUACUAUCUGAAAGGGAGAGUAUUAGUCAUGUGAUGCAAGAAAAUCUGGACGAAGGGACUGACCCUUGGGGAGUCAAAGUUGAAAGAGUGGAAAUUAAGGAUGUGCGUUUACCUGUACAACUUCAAAGGGCAAUGGCAGCUGAGGCUGAAGCUUCUAGAGAAGCUCGUGCAAAGUUGAUUGCUGCUGAGGGUGAACAGAAAGCUUCCAGGGCUCUGAGAGAGGCAUCUGAGGUGAUUGCCGAUUCUCCAGCUGCUCUCCAGCUUCGUUAUCUCCAGACUCUGAACUCCAUCGCUGCCGAGAAGAAUUCUACCAUUGUUUUCCCUAUUCCCUUGGAACUUUUCAAGGGAUUCUCUAAGAGGAUGGAAGUAAAAUAGAGGCAGUCUGUAUCCUGUGGAAUACAGAUGUUAUGCACUUCCUAUUGAUUACAUCAUGUUUUUCUUGUUUGUGUGUUAUGUAUGUAACUUGUUUCAUUUGAGUAACAAUUACUAUUAAAAUAAUUGUAUAAUACAUAAAAAAGCAUUAUUUUCAUCAAGUAUUUUAAAAAGUAAACCUCGUCAGCGAUCAAGUAAUUACAAUAACUUUUCUGGUUUUGUUUUUGCUAUUAACAAAUUUCUACGUUUUAUCCAAACAUUCAUCAGCCUUGUGAUUGUGCCUUUCUCAUUAAAUAGUAACUCAUUUUAACCAGCUUGUAUUUUGUUCUUUUAUCCUGCCAGAGGAAAUCUUUAUACUCUACGUUUUUGUUUUUUUAAAAAAGGGAAAGACAUGUAUUUCUUUGUGGUCAUGUUACUUUUCCAGCACUUUUUCUUAACUUGGCCACUCAUGUGUCGUCACAGAAAUAGUUUCUAACCAAAAUACUAAUUUCUGUAUUAAAUUUUUGUUUAGCAUGAAA